AUGAAAAUGGAAAACCACACGCUGAUAUCAGAAUUUUUCCUCCUGGAUCUCUCAGAUGAUCCCAAACUGCAGCCCUUUCUCUUUGGACUAUUCUUGUCCAUGUACCUGGUCACAAUGCUUGGGAACUUGCUCAUCAUCCUAGCUGUCAGCUCUAACUCACAACUCCACAACCCCAUGUACUUCUUCCUCUCCAAUCUGUCCUUUGUUGACAUCUGUUUCAUUUCAACCACAGUACCAAAAAUGUUAGUGAACAUGCAGUCACAGACAAAAGACAUCUCCUACAUAGAAUGUCUUACACAGGUAUAUUUUUUUAAUACUUUUGUAGGGAUGGAUGAUGUUUUGCUCACUUUAAUGGCCUAUGAUUGCUUUGUAGCCAUCUGUAACCCCCUUAAAUACACUAUUAUCAUGAACCCUAGGGUGUGUACCCUUCUGGUUCUGAUGUUUUGGAUAAUCAUGUUCUGCAUCUCCCUGAUUCAUGUUCUAUUGAUGAAUGAACUGAACUUCUCCAGAGGCACAAAAAUUCCACAUUUCUUCUGUGAAUUGGCUCAAGUUCUCAAAGUCUCCAACUCUGACACUCAUAUCAAUAAUAUCUUCAUGUAUGUGUUGAGUUCCCUACUAGGUGUGAUUCCUAUGACAGGAAUACUUAUGUCUUACUCACAGAUUGUCUCAUCCUUAUUAAGGAUGUCCUCUACUGUGAGUAAGUACAAAGCCUUUUCCACCUGUGGAUCUCACCUCUGUGUAGUCUGUUUGUUCUAUGGGUCAGUAAUUGGAGUUUACUUCAGCUCUUCUGUGGUCCUUUCUACCCAGAGAAUAAUGGUUGCUUCAUUGAUGUACACUGUGAUUAGCCCUAUGCUGAACCCCUUUAUCUAUAGCCUGCGAAACAAAGAUGUGAAGGUUGCCCUUGGUGAACUUUUUAUAAGAGUUGCCCCUUGUCCAUCAUGGAUCAAUGACAUCAUAACUAAAUUCAUACUAAAAAAUAUAAGGCAAAAUUUAUAA